AUGCGAGGAGCUCAGUAUUGCCGUUUGAAAGGGUGGCGUUGUCUGUUCAUCUGUGGUACCGAUGAGUAUGGCACAGCAACGGAGACCAAGGCAUUGCAGGAAGGCCUAACACCGCGGGAAAUAUGCGACAAAUAUCAUGCAGUACAUGCUGAGAUCUAUAAAUGGUUCAACAUCGAGUUUGAUCAUUUCGGCAGGACAACCACCGAGUACCAGACUGAACUGACGCAGAAUAUUUUCCUGAAAAUUCAUGCAAACGGCUACACAUCAACCGAUACGAUUGAUCAGUUGCACUGUAACAACUGCAAAAAAUUUUUGGCUGAUCGUUUUGUGCACGGUGAAUGCCCCUAUUGCCAUUUCGAGGAUGCCCGUGGAGAUCAGUGCGAUGCGUGUAGUAAACUCAUUAAUGCUGUGGAGCUUAUCGAUCCUCGGUGUCAGCAGUGCAAGGGAACGCCAACGGAUGAAGUGGAAAAAUAUAUCAAUAAGCAGCUAAACGUGAGGAAGAGCCAGUGGUCGACGAAUGCAGUUUCGAUUGCAAGAAGUUGGCUGAAAGGAGGCCUGGAAAAAAGAUGCAUCACGCGUGACCUAAAGUGGGGUGUUCCGGUACCGCUUCAAGAAUUCUCCAAUAAGGUCUGUUUUUUGUGCUCUUUUUCCAGAAUUGCCCUUUUCCAGACAGUUCACGCAAACAUUGCCGUUCUUUGCGGGCCCCUGAAUACUAAUUUUGUUGGCAGCGCUGAUAAUUUUACGCAGUUCAAUGUAAAUUUGAAUUUUGCUAAGAAUUUUUCGAAAAAUUUGGCAUCUAACUUUUUAGCUUCCUUACUUGAAAACACGGAAAAUCUGUUUAUUCAAAGUUGA